AUGGGUCUUCCAUCUCCCGUACGGGAAUAUACCGAGUCGGUCCCUCAAUAUGAGACCAGCGACAGUGAUAGCCUACAGUAUACCACCGAGGUCGGUGGGAACACCCCCAAGGCCACAUACCAGGAGGCCUCGGGAGCGCCCGUUGAGGUUAAUUCCCCGCUGGGGUAUUCGGUCGGUUGGGUUACAGUGGUUUUCCUGAAUUUGAGUAAGAUGAUCGGAACGGGAGUCUUCUCAACGCCGUCGACCGUCCUCAAAGGCGCCGGCUCGGUUGGUCUCACGUUGUUUUAUUGGGUUAUUGGGUAUUUGAUGGCCUCUAGCUCGCUAUCGGUCUACAUGGAAUUCGCAUCGUCUUUCCCCAGUCGGUCCGGCUCGGAGGUUGUCUACUUGGAACAAGCGUAUCCCCGACCCAAGUACUUUUUCCCUACUGUGUUUGCGAUGCAGACGGUGCUUUUCUCGUUUAGCAGCAGCAAUGCCGUUGUACUGGCCCAGUAUCUCUUCAAACUUGCGAAUUCGGACUUCACCCCAUGGAAAUUGAAGGGAGUCGCUGUGGCUUGCUAUACUGUUGCAGUACUGGUUCUGGCAUUUCACACCAGAUGGUCUUUGCGACUGGCAAAUGCAAUCGGGCUAGUCAAACUGCUGACAUUGGUAUUCAUUGCGAUAACUGGCUUGGUGGUUCUCGGAGGUCAUACCUCAGUGAAAGAUCCAAAAGCAAAUUUUAGGUCUGCCUUUGAGGGCAGUAAUGCCGCGACAGCCUACGGAGCAACCAAUGCAUUGACCAAGGUCUGGUUCUCUUUUGCAGGCUAUGAGAAUGCGUUCAAUGUCGUCAAUGAAGUCAAGAAUCCUACCAAAACCUUGAAGUGGAGUGCGCCGCUCUCGCUGGGGGUGACGGCAAUUCUGUACGUGCUGGCCAACAUUGCCUACUUUAGUGCUGCAAGCAAGGAAGAAAUUCUAGAAUCGAAGGUCGUCGCGGCUGGUGUCUUUUUCGAGAAGGUAUUCGGAACUGGUGGUGCGGCAUCCGCUUUGAAUUUCCUUAUCUGUGUGAGCGCUUUUGGAAACCUGCUUGCCGUGCUUCUUGGACAGUCUCGCAUGCUGAGGGAGUGUGGAAGACAAGGUGUUUUGCCAUUCACUUCUUUUUGGACGUCGACGAGACCGUUUGGAACACCGCUCGGUCCAUACUUUGUGAAAUGGGCAUUCACCGUGUUGAUGAUCCUAGCACCGCCUGCUGGUGAUGCCUUCAAUUUCGUGGUGGAUCUCGGAGUCUACGCCACGACAAUCUUUGGUCUGCUACUCACAAUAGGCCUGGUGAUCAUUCGAGCUCGUCGUGCACGCCUCAACCUGCCAAAACCUGAAUACAACGCCUGGCACGUUUCAGUGGCAUUUGCAAUUCUUUCGAAUCUGUACAUGGUCGUAAUGCCAUGGUACCCGCCCAGUACUGGGGCGAAUGGAGGCGAUGUGAGCUUCUGGUAUGCAACAUAUUGUGCGGUUGCUCUUGGAAUUGUCGGUCUGUGUGGAGUCUACUAUUAUGUCUGGAUCAAGCUUCUGCCUCGAAUCCAGGGAUUCAAGUGGGAGCAAACGGUUCUCAAACUGGAUAAUGGUGCCCUGGCGCAUCGGCUUGUCAGGGUGCCCAAGAAGGAUACCUGA